AUGACGAUGAAUAUAAUAUUCCACUGUUCCACACACGAUGAUGAUAAUAAUAAUUUAACAAGCCACCUUGAGCCGAAAAUUACAACAAUUGCUGCAUGUAAGGCAGAAAGAGUCAAUUUACAUGAAGAUGAAGCAUACAGUCGUUUAUCAUCAAUUGAUAUAUUAAUUUUUGGUCGCUCUGGAGUAGGUAAAUCUUGUCUAUUAAAAGCUAUAACAAACCAUGCUAAUUUUUCGGACGUCAGUACAACUAGAUCAUAUGGUGACGGUAGAAUGAAUAGUCAUAUUGUUAGUCUUAUCUUAAAAUUAAGUCUUACGUAUGAUUUAACAGGAAUCAAGACACCAAUUGCAUAUUUUAUUACUAAUAUCUAUAAUUACAGUAAUGAACAACCACAAGCUCAAAUUGAUGGUGAACUCAGUAUAAUGAGAGACGUUUAUCUGAAUAAUUCAACACAGAAAACUAAAUAUUAUUAUGAGAUGUAUUGA